GCCCACAUGCAGAUACGUCCACAUUUCCCUGGACGCGAUGUGUGCGCGGAAUGACAUGCCGCCCUGUCAUCUGGCCUCGCCAGUGAUUGGCCGCCGGAACUGUAGCUCAGGAGAGGCACACAGGCGGCCAAUCACCGGCGAGGAGGAGGAGCCGAGCAGCAGCGUAAAGAUCAAAGAAGAUCGAGUGAGGGAGCGGCCGGAGAAGGAAGACAGCUGACAGGUAAGUGUCUGUAGCGUAUGCUGGCUGUAGAUGGGAGAGGGAGGGAGCAAGCCCAGGCUGCAGCAGGAGUCAGCAAGGUAAGUAUCAUUGGUGUCAGUAGGAG